AUAUACUACUUGUUAUAUAUCAUAAAAUGUCCGCCAUUGACGACCUUGAAGAAUUUAAUAAUAAUAUUAAUAAUAAUAAUAAUAAUAUAAUUAAUAAUAAUAAUAAUAAUUCAUUUCAUUUAUACAAAGAGAUGGAGUUGAGUUCCCCACAAAAUGGAUAUCAGGAACUAAGUGAUAUUUUGAAGGAGAAUGAGCCUUGUGGGACUGAUGAACUACUUCCAAGUUGUAUCGUAACUAACGACCAAAAUCCAGGAGAAUAUGUAUUUGGUAACCUGGAUACUAACAACGACUCCAUGCCGAAUGAUUUGCCAUAUUAUGGGUUUUGUGAAUCGCCCCAACGGAUAUUUUCUCCUCUGCAAGAUGGGUUUGGUGAUAAUGUUGUUUUGGGUGAUGAUCAGUUUGUUAUUGAUGAUGAAAGGUUAUGUAGUGACUAUCUUUCUAGAUCUCCAUUUCAAGUUGAAGCCGAAAGUAUCCACAAUAAUAUAAAUGCUGAAGUUUCUGAACAAAUGACAGAGUCUUCUCCAAAAAAGGAUGUUACCGAAGAGCAAGUAACAGAGGAUAAGUUAGCCUCCACAUCCAAUGGAAGGAUGGUUGAUGAAAGUUUUAUCGGUGUCUCAAGUGACGAGCCUACAAACUUUGGAUUAGUCACUGCAGAGGCUGACUAUGAAGUUUCAGACAUUCUAACAGAAAAUGUGGAGUUUAUGAAUCAUGAUCUACCGAGAGCCGAUCAACAUAGUCCAAAUGUAAGUCCUCAAGUGCCAAAACCGCUUGAUCAAGUUAAUCCGAAAGCAAUUGCUUCACCACAACAAGUUCAUGAACAACCGUAUUCCUUUGAAGUCAAUUCACCGAAAGAUCUAUCUCCACCUGAGGAUUUCAAUCUCUCUAUACCAUCAAAUGACAAGAAAAAUCACGAAUCUAUGAAUACUUCUGAGCAAGGAGAGAUUUAUAUAAAUGAUGAUUCUGCAAGAAAUCCCUCUGCAUCACCAAGAAGCCAUCAUUCAAAUGGAAAUCAUCGGACUGACAAAAGGUCAGUUUCACCUAGCAGAGGAAAGGAGACGUCUUCUCGUCACAGGAGAGAUCAUCGUGAACGAUCUCGAUCAAGGUCUCCACGUAGAAGGCAAUUUCACAGAAGAUCAAGAUCCCCAAGGAGGAGGUACUUUCCAAGUCACAGAUCUCCCUCAUCAUCUUAUCAUUCUCGCUAUAGAUCUCCAAAACAAAAACAGUGGUCACCGCCUCAUAACAGGAGCACUGGACUAGGGAAACCCGGGAGGAACCUAUUUGUUGCUGGUUUUAGCUUCUUGACUACAGAAAGAGAUUUAGAAAGGAAGUUUUCUAGAUUUGGCCGUGUGAGAGAUGUGCGCAUUGUUCGUAAUAAGUGGUCAGGGGAUUCUCGCGGAUUUGGAUUUUUAACACUAGAAAGGGAUAAAGAAGCCGAUGCAGCGAUCAAAGCUCUUGAUAAAACCGAGUGGAAUGGACGGGUCAUCCUAGUAGAGAAAUCUAAACCUCAAUCAUGAUUAAUGAACGCAUUGUAAUGUAAGCUUACAAGAUGUUCUUUAGGCAGUACAAUUUUGUUUGCAUCAAUCAUAAUGACAUAAAAACUAACUUUUUAAAUUUCAUGUUGACUUGAUGUUGAGAUUGCAUAAAAUAGUUGCUUGUUAAUAUAGUUCGUUCUAUA